AUUCCUUUUUUGUCCUUCCUCGCUUUGGCUUUAUCGUUUCAAAGAACAACCCUCAGAAGACACAAAAUUUAAUCUAAUUAUGUAAAUAAACUGAGAACCUUAGAAAGCUUGAUUGCUGGAUUGGUGGCUGGAUUCUCACUUUCGUUUCUGCUUCCAAUUGAAGAAACAUCGAUCAGGUUCAGGUCUUCAUUUGUUAGAAAGAAAGUGACAAAUUCAUAGAAGCAGCAAUGCAAAUGAAUGAGUGUUGUGAUCGAAUUAGUGAUUUACCAGACUCUGUUAUUCAUCACAUCCUUUCCUUCCUUCCAAUUAAAGAUGUCAUAAGAACCAGUUUUUUAUCAAGUAGGUGGAGAUAUCUGUGGGCUUCUGUUCCCAGUUUAUAUUUCGAUGGCUUUGUAUUUUCUCCGAAGACCAAAUUUGUUAAAUUUGUGGACUCAGUGCUGCUUCGCCGAAAUGGUUCGGGGAUACAGAAAUUUUGCCUCAGAUUCAGCGAUUACUACUGUGAAACUUCCCAUGCCUGUUCAUGGAUAUCUACUGCAGUGAGCCACAAUGUUCAGGAGCUUAGCGUCUACUAUUAUCCGAGGGAGCAUUUUGCCCUUCCCAUUUGCCUUUUUGAGCUUCCAAUGUGCCUGUUUAGGUGCAAAUCCUUGAGGGUUUUGAAACUGAACUUGUAUGAGUCUAUCCUCAACCUUCCUCCUUCCAUACAUUUACCUUUCCUCAAUACCCUGCAUCUUAUUUCUGUUACAUUUUCAGACAACAAUCUAACCCGGAAACUCUUCUCUAACUGUCCGGCGCUUAAGGAAGUUAUUCUUGAAGACUGUACAGUUCGGGAUCUCUCAGUUCUUCACAUUUCAUCUCUAUCCAUUGAGAGAUUGACAAUAGAUGGUCUUCCAAGGGAUGUGGUUUUGUAUAGUGGCUCAUUUGACCAUGAAAUUAAGAUUUCUGCACCAAGGCUAUUGUCAAUAAAAUACAUAAACUAUAAAGGGCAAAACAUUUGUUUAGAGAAGGCACCAUCGCUAGUUGAUGCAGCUAUCUACUUGAAUACUGAGUGGAAUGAAAGCAAUCAAAUAUGUUGCCGUCGUAUGAUUAAUUUUCUCAGAGAUCUUUCUAAUACAAAAAUUCUAAUGGUAUCUUCACAGAGAGCUCAGCUUCUCUCUGUGGCUUCCAAUAUGUUAGGAUCAUUCCCUAAAUUCUUCCAUCUAAACCAUUUGAAGUUGGCUGUUGCUGUUACAAGUAACAAUAUCCGACUAAUAACUUGUUUUCUCAACAGUGCACCAGAUCUAGAGUUCCUUACCAUAGACAUUUUUCGUCUGCGCUGGUCCAACAGGGAAGAGGAUUCUGAACCACAAAAUGUACCUUUGGCACGUGUUAUUGAUCACCUCAAGGAUAUCAAGAUAACAGGCUUUGGGGGAAAUAAGGAUGAACUUGUGCUUGUUAAGUUUUUGCUUGAGAAUGCAACAGUCCUAGAGAGGAUGACUAUAGUGCCCUCCAAGCUGUUAUUUAAUGACUCUGAGCUGAGAAUGAAGAUAAGCCAGGAGAUACAGAUGUAUCCAAGUGCCUCUAGUAAUGUUGUUAUGUUCUCUUAGAAAUUUUGGUACAUACUGUAGAACUUUUUAUUGAACUUAUGAUAGGAAAUAUUCUUUUAUAAUGCUUGGAAUAUUGAAUUUGUCUUAUGAUGCUUUCAUGUAAAAAGGGCUCUUCAUUUAGAUUCAAGUUUA